GGGGCGGGACCACCCAGGCCCACUGCAGGCUCCCCGGGCGGGCCACAGAGGCCACAGAGGCCGCAGAGGCCGCGGCGCCCGCCAGCCUGCCCCGCGCCAUGGCCCCGCGUGCCCGGAGGCGUCACCCGCUACCCGCGCUGCUGCUGCUCUGCGCGCUACUCGCCCGACUGCAGGUGGCUCUGCCGAUCGCUCCUCCAUGUACCAGUGAGAGGCAUUAUGAGCGUCUGGGACGGUGCUGUAGCAAAUGUGAACCAGGAAAGUACAUGUCUUCUAAAUGCACUACUAACUCUGACAGUAUAUGUCUGCCCUGUGGCCCAGAUGAAUACUUGGAUACCUGGAAUGAAGAAGAUAAGUGCUUGCUGCAUAAAGUUUGUGAUUCAGGCAAGGCCCUGGUAGCUGUGGACAUCGGCAACAGCACGGCCCCCCGGCGCUGCACCUGCAUGGUCGGGUACCACUGGAGCCAGGACUGCGAGUGCUGCCGCCGCAACACCGAGUGUGCGCCAGGCCUGGGCGCCCAGCACCCGUUGCAGCUCAACAAGGACACGGUGUGCAAACCUUGCCUCGCAGGCUACUUCUCAGACACCUUUUCCUCCGCGGACAAAUGCAGACCCUGGACCAACUGUACCAUCCUUGGAAAGAAAGUAGAACGUCACGGGACAGAGAAAUCCGAUGUGAUUUGCAGUUCUUCUCUGCCAUCCAGAAAACCACCAAAUGAAGCCCAGGUUUUCUUGCCGGGUUUAAUAAUUCUGCUUCUCUUCACAUCUGUGGCCCUAGUGGCUGCCAUCAUCUUUGGCGUUUACUAUAGGAAAAAAGGGAAAGCACUCACAGCUAAUUUGUGGCACUGGAUCAAUGAGGCCUGUGGCCGCCUAAGUGGAGAUAAGGAGUCCUCAGGCGACAGUUGUGUCAGUACACACACGACAACUUUUGGUCAGCAAGGAGUGUGUGAAAGUGUCUUACUGCUGACUCUGGAGGAGAAGACAUUUCCAGAUGAUAUGUGCUACCCAGAUCAAGGUGGUGUCUGUCAGGGCACAUGUGCAGGAGGUGGGCCCUACACACAAGGCGAAGGUGCCAGGAUGCUCUCUUUGGUCAUCGAGACCGAGACGGAGGAAGAUGGCUUCAGACAGAUGCCCACGGAAGAUGAAUACAUGGACAGGCCGUCGCAGCCCGCAGACCGUUUACUGUUCCUCACUGAGCCUGGAAGCAGAUCCACACCUCCUUUCUCCGAACCCCUGGAGGUGGGGGAGAAUGACAGUUUAAGCCAGUGCUUCACGGGGACGCAGAGCAUGGUGGGUUCAGAAAGCUGCAAUUGCACUGAGCCCCUGUGCGGGACUGACUGGUCCUCUGAAAACUACUUGCAAAAAGAGGUGGACGGUGGCCAUUGCCCUCACUGGGCAGCCAGCUCCAGCCCCAACUGGGCAGAUGUCUGCACAGGCUGCCAGAACCCUCCUGGGGAGGACUGUGAGCCCCUGGAGGGUUCCCCAAAACAUGGACCCUUGCCCCGGUGCACCUAUGGCAUGGGCCUUCCCCCUGAAAAAGAAGCCGGCAGGGCGGAGGCUGGAGACCAGCCUGAGGACGGGGACGAUGGGAGGCCCCCAGGCUCCAUGAGGGCAGGCACCGGUUCUGCAAGCUCCCCUGGUGGCCAGGCCCCUGCAUCUGGAAACGUGACUGGAAACAGUAACUCCACGUUCAUCUCCAGCGGGCAGGUGAUGAACUUCAAGGGCGACAUCAUCGUGGUCUAUGUCAGCCAGACCUCACAGGAGGGCGCGGCGGCGGCGGCGGCGGCGGCGGCGGAGGAGCCCGUGGGCCGCCCAGUCCAGGAGGAGACCCUGGGGCGCCGCGACUCCUUCGCGGGGAACGGCCCGCGCUUCCCGGACCUGUGCGGUGGCCCCACGGGGCUGCAGGAGCCGGAGAAGGCCUCGCGGCCGGUGCAGGAGCAGGGCGGAGCCCCAGCCUAGCGCCUCAACAUGGCCGGGAGCCCGAAGCCUGGAGCCAGGGUCUCCAACCUGGACCGCGCGGCCGCACCUGAGCUGAGCCUGGCCCGGCCUGCCCGACCCUGCAGCUCGCGAAGGGCAGCACCACGGCCUCUGCCCCAGCCAGGGCCACCCAGGGAUCGAUCGGUACAGUUGAGGAAGACCACCCGGCAUUCUCUGCCCACCUCGCCCUCCAGGAAAUGGGCUUUUCAUAAAGUGAAUUGAUCAGGUCUUCCCCCAUGCCCAGGGCUGCUCAGCAGACCCCCACACAGGGGCAGAUGCCUCUCCUGCCACCCCUCAAACUCGCAGCAAUAAUUAAUUUGUGGCCUUAUGACAGCUGUUUUUAUGACUCCUGUUCUGUGGGGGGGGGGGAUCUGUGCCCCUCCCCCCAUAAUAUUUGUAUUCCUGGUGACACAGUCUCGCUCUGUCGCCAGGCGGGAGUGCAGUAGUGGGAUCUGGGGCAUUGCAGCCUCCACCUCCCGAGUUCAAGUGAUUCUCCUGUCUCAGCCUCCGAGUAGCUGGAACUACAGGUGUGUGCCACCACGCCGAGCUAAUUUUUGUAUUUUUAGUAGAGACAGGGUUUUACCAUGUUGGCCAGAAUGGUCUCUAUCUCUUGACUUCGUGAUCCACCCACCUCGGCCUCCCAAAGUGCUGGGAUUACAGGCAUGAGCCACUGCCCCCAGCCUAAAGUUGAAAUUUUAGUUUGCAUUUUCUUUGUCUAGGUAAGAAUAGCAUAAAUGGAUCUUCUUUUAUUCCUAAAUAAUCGUACAUUUGUAGGUUAGCCUUGUAGAAGUGGAAAACAUUCCAUGUUCCAGUACAUUUAAAUUUAAAGUUAAAUCCACACAUUGUGAAUUUAAGAAAACUUAUUCUCCUAAAGGUGCCUUUUUCUUGGCUUCAUCCUUCUUGUAAGAAACCUAGACGAUGCUCCAGAUGGGAGGAAAUCCCCUGGGUGGUUUUAUCUUUUGUUAGCCAGUGAGCGCUGGUUCCCCACAAAUACUGGAGAAAAGUAAAAAUACGCAAGCAAAUUAAAAUUACGUUUGCACAUCUGGUAGGUGAUAAAAGCACUAAUCGUGGUCACUGCCCAGACUUUAUUGGCCACAAAUGCCCAGCUGAAGAGCAUGACCAUGGAUCACUGGUUUUUCCCUUCUGCUGGAAAUGCUGGGGUGGUAGCGCUUGAUUAGGAUUUUCAAUGGAGAAGAAAAGGAUGGUUCUGGAAUUUAUGGGACUCCUUAGCCAACAUAAAGAACUGCAGGAAAUAACUGCACAGCCAGGAGGAUCUGUUGGUGGGAAUUUACCAUCUAUCGGGCCCUUUUACUUAACAUCCAUCCAGAGAGAUGUUGUACAAACGGAGGAACCAUUAUGCCUUUUGAAAAUAAUUCUGAAUAUAUGACAGUUACAGUUCACAAAGUAGAACGCUGAGAUAAAAACCCGAGUUCCUGCUGUGAUAGCAUCUCACUGAGCAUUUCGCCUUUCUUGGUUUUUAUUUUUCCUUCUAUGAAAGGGGAAUAAUGAUAAUUUAUAAUAGUUUCCCUACCCAGAGAUGGCAGAAGGAUGCUAUAGUGAAUGUUAAAGUACCUUGAGCUCCUUAAAGGUGCUAUAUAAAUAUAUAAGACUCUACUUUCAGAGAAAAUGUUCUUUCCUGCACUGAUCCCUGCUAAUUCUGUAUUGAUCCAAAGGCAACUAAAUGCUAAGAAAUGUAUAGAAAAUAUAAGUCUGUGUGUAUUAUAGAGAUGUAUGUGACAAGUGUGAACCAAAUGAACUGAAGCAAUAAUGAACAGUUAUUGGGGGACAUGAUAAAGAAAUUAUAUUAAACUUAUAUUUGACCAUAAAAUCCUUUUUAUGGCUUGCUAAAACCAGGCUCACGGUAAAAGCGCGAUCUGACUUAAUUGCUAAUCUUUGUGGUAUGGUGUCAACCGUUGGUUUGUAUCUUACUGUUGGUUCCCUGGACCACAGACUAGGGACAAAAAAUACUUGCUUCGAUGAUAUAUAUGCUGUUGAUUUCACAAGAAAAUUUCUUAAAAUAUAGCCUGGAGACCCAGUGAAAGAGUUGAAAGGGAACUGGAGUAUCAUGUUUCCUACUCACAUUUUACUCGGCUGCCAGAAGGAAGAAUGAAUUUCUCAAGAGCAGUGUGAAUGUGAUAGAUCAGAACUUCCAUGUGGUAGGGAAAAUGGGAUUCUUUCAGUGUAACAAACCACCCAAGACUUAGUGACUUUAAUCCGUCACCACUGGCCAGGCACAGUGGUUCAUGCCUCCCAAUGCUUUGGGAGGCCAGGGCAGGAGGAUCAUUGAGGACAGUAGUUCGAGAUCAAACUGGGCAACAGAGUGAGACCCCGUCUCUACAAAAAAUACAAAACUUGGCUGGGCAUGGUGGUGUGCACUUGCAGUCCUCGGCUUGAGCCCAGGAGUUGGAGGUUACUGUGAGCUUUGUUUGAGCCAGUGCACUCCAGUGUAAAAAGAAAACAAAAACCACCAUUUAUUUAGCUCCCAAUUCUAUGGCUUGGGUCAGCUUGGGUGGUUCUUCAGGCCUGGUCCCGCCCGGCCUGCCUUGCUCACUGGUUUGCAAUGAGCCAGCUGGUUGGCUGGGCCGUCCUAUGUGCUCUCCACCCAUCCCCAAUCCUUCCAGCUGCCUAGCUGGGCUUGCUCUCACGCUGGUGUCAGGCCUGAGAACAAGCAGAAACCUGCCGGGCUUCUUGAGGCCUAGGCUCGAACUGGCACACUGUCACUUCUGCCACAUUCUGUGGGCCAAAGCAGGUCACAAAACCAGCUCAGAUCCAAGGGAUGGGGAAACAGCUCCCCUCCCACUAUGGGAAGAGCUGCAGAGUGACAGGGUAGGGAGUGGACACACAGAGGGGAAGAUGGCCCAUUGCCACCUUCCAGCACAGGGCACUUUGUGGAGUAAAAUGCUGGAGAGAAGAGUGUAUCUGGGAACAAAAGAGGAGCAUGUCCCAGCCCCCAAGCAGUGAGCAGUUCCUUCUCUGGAGAUUGAGUUCCCUUCAUGCUCAGCACCGUAGACUCCCACAGUGGGAGGGACACCAUGUUCAUAUUUAAAUGCUGUGUCGAAAUUUCUUCCAAAGUCAAAUACAGGUGAUUUGGGAAUGGAGCCCACUGUACUACUUCCGCAUCCCUUUGGCACAGAAAAUUUAAAAGUGACAACUUCUAAAAUCAAGAAAACUGGUGAGAUACCUUGGGGUAGAGGAACCUUCAUGGAAACAGAUAAAAGAUCUAUGUUCACCCUUCACCCCAGCUCAACAAACAAAAUCUUGUUAUGAUUAUACAAGGGUGAGCUUGAGCAAAGGAGCUGUCUCCGGUGGAAGAAGCGUGGCUUUGAGUUGUCUGCUCUUUGACAGCCUCUGAUGGCAUAUGACUCUAGUGUAUCUGCUUUGGGGUGUUCUGGGCACAAGUUGUAUAACCCACUUUUGGAAGAGGAGAUAAAGCAUUCAAAGCCCUAAACGCUGUUGAUGAGUCAUCAUGUUUAUUGAGUGUGCUUAGUGGCGGCCCUGAGCACCUGGGAAAAAUGAGGAGUGCUGGAGGGUUUGGAGCAGGGAAGACGAGACGAUGCUCUGCUCCAAGCACCAGAGGCUUCUGGGAAGGGGCUGUCUGUGGGAUUCCUGACCCCCAGAGCCCUGUGAGUGAAUGGUCUUACAACGACUAAAGCUUUGCCAGAGAAGAGGCGGGACCUGACAUUGGGCAGUGGUGGUGCCAGCAGUGAGCACAGGCAGGGUGUAGGUGGCAUCACUGAAGCCAAGCUGAGCGGUGCAGGGGGAGCCACCCUGGGCCAACACACCCAUGGCUGCCCCACUGCAGAACUGCCUCCUGCAGCAAAACAACCAUUUGUCACCCUAGGUUUCAACAAAGAGGAGCACCAAAUAAAUGUCCCAGUGGGCAGGGGCACCCAUUGGACUCAAUGUUCCUCCUCACCCCUCCGCGUGGCUCUGCACAGCUGUGAGUCCAAUUUUCUCUCUUCCUACCUCUCUCUUACCCAGUUAUCCUGACCUCAGGGUGAGGUCGAAACUCAUGCUUGGCUAACAUCUCUUUCCUUGAUUCUCUGUCAUAAAACUGACACACAGGAAUGCUUUUUAAAAAUCUUGAAGAUUACCAAUAAGGUAAAAGUUAAAAUUUAAAAACUACAAGCCUGUUACCAGAUCGUACUAACCAAGGAGCUGGUGACGCUAUCCUCUUCCCUGUGCGAUAGAAAAUGCAGAUGUUUUGCAGACAGACCUGGUUCAUCACUUCUGUGACCUGUGGCCUUACAUUGUGCAGCAACAUCACUUAUUAGCCUUGUUUUCAACAUGUGUAAACAGAAGGUACUAAUAUUAGUCCAUAGGGCUGGUGUGAAGAUGACAUGGGAUGAGGUACAACCAAGCACUCACUGGCAGUUCCUAGAAGAUUCCAGUAGUAGGGAUCUGACUGUCCUACAUCACUUUCCCUCCCUGUCUCUGACACUUGUUCAUUCCUGGGCACAGGAGCCAUCUCAGUCAUCACGUUCCCUUUGGGAGUUGGACCACGUAACUUUAACCAAGCUCUGCUGCCCACCUGGGACAGCUUCCCACUCUUUGCAACUAGGGCAGAGGGGUGCACCUUCUCCACAGACAGGUGACAGGACUGUCACAGUUGACCCAAACGUUGUCAUCUUCUGACAUGACACACUGAGGGAAGUGGACUUACCCAAUAGAACUUCACAUUACACUGCCGGGCGCGGUGGCUCAAGCCUGUAAUCCCAGCACUUUGGGAGGCCGAGGCGGGUGGAUCACGAGGUCAACAGAUCGAGACCAUCCUGGUCAACAUGGUGAAACCCUGUCUCUACUAAAAAUACAAAAAAUUAGCUGGGCAUGGUGGCACGUGUCUGUAAUCCCAGCUACUCAGGAGGCUGAGGCAGGAGAAUUGCCUGAACCCAGGAGGCGGAGGUUGCGGUGAGCCGAGAUCGCACCAUUGCACUCCAGCCUGGGUAACGAGAGCGAAACUUCGUCUCAAAAAAAAAAAAAAGAACUUCACAUUACACUGUCUUAAAAGACUGUGGUUAAAAUGGGCAUCAAUGGGCCUUUCUCUUGUAGCACAACAUGUGGGGGUGAAGAAUCCCAGAUGUGAAGGUUGAAGGGCUGUGUGGGCUAGUUCCUCCUGGUGUUUCUGGUGCCUCUCUCUGUUUGGGAAGAAUAAUAAAUUGACCACCAGCUCAGAGGACGUGGCAUUAUAGGUCCAGGCCCCUUCAGGGGGUCACUGGAGUCCAGUGAAAGCUUUCACUGUCACCCAGGCUCUUGGUUUCUCAUGGGAAGGGGUAGCCCAGGAAACAAAGGCUGCACAGACUUUAAGUUGUGAGAAAAGCAACAUUCUUACAGUGAGGCUCUUAGAGACUCUCCAUUUAAGCAGCGACGGUAAAACAUCUUACUCUAACAUGAAAAAGGAAAUUCAUUUUUAUUGGGCUUUACAGCCUCUCUAUUUCAAGGGCAAAGAAACCAUUAAAAUGCAUAUUUAAAGUUCUUGGAAGAGCUUUCUUUAAAUAUUUACUCUGUCAGUGGAAAAAUAAACAUUUUUUUACAUCAGGUCUAUUGAGUUUGUUAUAUACAGUAAAAUCCACCCUUUUUAGACAUACAGUUUUAUGAGUUUUAACAAAAAUAUAUAGUUGUGUCACCACCACCAUUACAGUCACGAUGUAGACAAUUUUCAACAUCCCUAGUUCCUGUUUCCCUUUUUAGUCAAUCCCUUCCCCCCCAUCCCCAGCCCCUGACAACCAUUAUCUGUUCUCUCUUGCAUAGUUUCACCUUUUCCAAUUUGUUAUAUAAAUGUGGUUACACAGCACGUAGCCAUUUGAGUGGCUUCCUUUCAUAUAAUGUCCUUGAGAUCCAUUCGUGGGUACACCAGUAGUUCCUAUUUCUGAGUAGUAGUCCAUUGUAUGGAUGUACCGCGGUUUAUUUACCAACAUUUGAGUUCUUUCCUGUUUGGGGAGAUUACAAAUAAAGCUGCUAUAAAAACU